AUGCAUUUGAUGUACACGGAAGACCCGGUCACGGGCAACAGAAUCUACACACUGAAAAAGGUUCUAGAUGGCGUUGUUACCAAGUCGGCACACCCUGCUCGAUUUUCGCCGGAUGACAAGUACUCGAGACAUCGAGUGACCCUGAAAAAGCGAUACGGACUCCUCCUCACACAACAAAGUAAGAAUACGAGCGCAAAGUCCUCCCGAAUUACUAGCAGAGCUGACUAUCAUUUCCAGAAAUCGAAAAGAAAGAAUAAAUGGAACAAUACAUGA